UGGCUAAAAGAAGCAAAGGGUUUAUGGACUACAUUACCCACAAUCCCUUAUGUACCGCUCUGUGACGUCAUCUUUCACGCUGUGUAGACAGCAGCGCUGUGGUUCUCUGGGCAUCCAGUGAUCUGUCAGUGCACAGACAGCUGCACAUCUAACUUCAUUUCUUGCAUGAUUUAUUUGUGUUUUAUCAGAACAAACAAAACAACUGUUCAUUCAUUUAUUUCUAACAACUCUUGAUUGAGUUCACCUGGAGUUACUUUAGUUUGACGCACAGCUGCAUAAAGUCUAGUAGAGAAACAAACCUGAGAUCAUCUACAUUGUGGAGAGCAGCCGAUGAUCAACCACGGAAACUGAUGUCUAAUAGUUGGAAAGUGAUUUGAUUUGCUUUGAGGAAGAAAGUGUAAGAAGGAAAGAAGGAGGCAAAUCUUGAAAUAUUUCAGAGGAAGUCUUUGAAAUCUCUUGCUGAAGUCCAGACCAAUGUUGUCUCCAGAGCAGGAGCUUCUGAGCUCUUCUAAACCCGUAAAAUAUGGAGAGCUCAUCAUCCUCGGUUACAAUGGCUCGCUACCAAACGGAGACCGAGGGAGGAGAAGGAGUCGUUUCACUCUGUGCAAGAGACCCAAAGCCAAUGGAGUCAAACCCAGCACUGUCCACACCGCAUGCAGUCCACAGACCGCCAAGGUCAUCAGCAACAAAGACCAGCACAGCGUCUCAUAUGCACUAUCAAGGGUGCAGACGGUUGUCGUGGAGUACACACAUGACAGCACAACAGACAUGUUUCAGAUUGGCCGGUCCACUGAAAGCCCCAUUGAUUUUGUGGUGAUGGACACUGUACCUGGUUGUCACACAAACAGCGACACUCCCUUAUCUCAGAGCACUAUAUCGCGGUUUGCGUGCCGGAUCGUGUGUCAGAGAGCGCCACCCUACACCGCACGCAUCUACGCUGCCGGAUUUGACUUGUCCAAAAGCAUCUUUCUGGGGGAGAAAGCAGCUAAAUGGUGGUGCGCUGAUGGACAGAUGGAUGGACUGACCACAAACGGCGUGUUAGUGAUGCGUCCACAACACGGCUUCACCUGCGAGUCCAAACCAGCAAGUUGGAGAGAAAUCUCCGUCUGCGGAAACGUCUUCACGCUCGGAGGGACUCGUUUGGCUCAGAAACCCGGCAAAAUGGUUGAAAAUGAAUGUCAUGAGUUGGUUGAUGGCUCUUUAAUUGAUCUGUGUGGCGCGACUCUGUUGUGGCGCUCUGCAGAAGGCCUCGCCCGCACUCCCACCAUCAAACACCUGGAGGCGCUGCGGAGGGAGCUAAACGCCACGCGGCCGCAGUGUCCCGUUGGACUCCUCACACUGGCCUUCCCCAGUAUAGACCGCUCAUUCAGUGACUCAGCCCACGAAGACCAGCCCUGGGCGUAUCUUCACUGUGGACAUGUGCACGGGUACCACAGCUGGAGGGGGCGCCGGAGAGUCACGAAGGAGGGCUCGACAGAAGAAGAGGAGGAUGAGUGCGAGACGAAAGAGGGGAUGGAACUAUUGAGGGAGGGAGAGAGAGAGUGUCUGUUGUGUUGUACGCGUGGUUUGUACGUUCCGUUGAAGCUGGGCCGCGAGUCAGGCUUCUAUCUGGACGCAGCACCUCCGACGCACGCUUUCAACCCGUGUGGACAUGUGUGUUCAGAACGAACGGCCUCGUUUUGGAGUAAACUGCCGCUACCGCACGGAGCUCACGGUUUUUACCCAGCAUGUCCAUUCUGCAUGAGGCCACUCGCUCGAGACAGAAAAUACGUGAGACUGAUCUUUCAAGGACCAUUGGACUGAGUGUGUGUGUUUAAAGGAAUAGUUCACACACACACACACACAAAAUUACUCAUUUAUAAUUAUAAUAACAUAUAAUGAAAGUAAGUGAGACUUACAAUUACGCCUAAUAUCUCCUGUUGUGUUUCACGGAAGAAACUGAAGUCAUACAGGUUUUGAACAACAUGAGGGUCAGUAAAUGAUGACAGAAUUUUUUUUUUUUUUUUUUUUUUUGUGGCUGGACUCUCCCUUUAAGACUCUGGACUGCCAACCCACAUAUUCAACGCUCUACACAAGCACUAAGGCCAUCUGUUUUUCUGCACUGCCAACUGCUUCAGACCUUUGAGUUUGCACAGAGCGAAACGUUCACUGUACACUGUAGUUUACUGUUAAAAGUGACUGAGAUUGAGCUUUGCCUAUUGCCUUUUAAUAAAGAAUAAUAAACAUUCAAAUUAUAUUCGAGUUCAUUCUGUUUUGCUUUACCUGUCAGGAAUCUGUACUAAUACACUCAAAAAUGGUUUCUCUAAACGUGUAGGUGUGUACAACGAGUAAGUAAAACUGUAAAAAUGUUACCUGAAUUGUUCUUUUGAAUUAAUGCAUUCGGUAAAUUUAAAAUUAUGGUAAAAAGUUUGUUAUUUGCAAACUGUUAUUUUCUCUCAAUAUACCAAUGAGUUUUAUCAUUAAUGAGUUUGAAAUUAGUUUUUUUAUUAUUAUUAUAUUAUAUUACACUCAAAAAAUAAUUUAAAAUUUUUUGUUUUUAUUUAAUUUAGAUAAAUUACAUAAUUAAAUUUAAGGACUUUUGUUAUGAAAUUGAAAA